UGAAUCAUUCAGCAUUCGGCCGUUAUACUGUACGCUCGCGCUUUUCCUUUCGAUAUAAACGUUGCUCUAUCGCGAGUGUUUCUACAAGACUGAUAAGAUUAUUACAUCACAGUGAUAAGAAUCUACAGGGAAUAUUUUUCCUUGCUCAAAUAUUAGUGUAUAAAAUGCAUCCACAGUAAUAAUAGGUUUUGUAAACACAGUGUUAUAGUGAAUUGUUUGUGGUCGUUUGUCGGAUGUCGGAUGUGCACUAUGGCUACGAAGAGAACACUGAAGAUAACAGUGGUCGGAGACGGUAUGGUAGGCAAGACUUGCCUGCUGUACGUGUACACUAAAAAUGAAUUUCCUAAAGAAUACGUGCCUACAGUGUUCGAUAAUUAUACUGGUAACGUGACGGUGGACGGAGAAGAAGUAGAAUUAUCAUUAUGGGACACAGCUGGACAAGAAGACUACGAAAGAUUGAGGCCUCUCUCAUAUAACAACACAAGUUGCUUCCUAGUAUGUUACUCGAUCGACAAUCGCUCCUCAUACGACAACGUCGUGCAUAAGUGGUAUCCGGAGUUAAAGCAUUUUAGUUCUGCGGUUCCCAUUGUAUUAGUAGCUACAAAACUCGAUUUACGGUCGAGCAAUAAAGUAGUUAUAACAAACCAGGAAGGAAAGAAAUUAAAAAAGAAAAUACGUGCCGUCAAAUUGAUGGAGUGUUCAGCCUUAGAACGUGUUAAUAUGGAUGAGGUGUUUGAGGAGGCCGUCCGCGCCGCCCGCCGCAAGAAACCCAUCACCAAACGUACCUGUCAGUUCCUAUAACGUAUACAACUUGGAACUAUGGAAUGAACUCCGAAUGGAAGGAGGUCCUCUACAAAAAAUAUGAUGAUUCCAAAUGAAGAUGAUUAUGACAUCCGCAUGAAUCACCAAUAUUGUACCUAUGGAUACAUGAUUAAGCUCCACGAGGUACACGUCAUACAACUACUUUACUGCCCUCACGAACAAGGUGUUGACUGCCAACAGAUUAUAUACCUAAUAUGUUGUUAUUUUGUAUCUAUUUCCAAUAAUACUUAAGUAUCUAUGUUAAAGAUUAUUAGAUAAUAAUGAGCUUUUCGAAGUUAUAAUAUAUAUUGAAAUUUGUAAAUAAUUAUAGAGCAAGAAUUAGUAAAUAGAUAUCUGAAUAAAUUGACAUGUUAGAAAUGGUGAAGUCCAGGAAAUGGCUUAUCCUUUGAUUUC